CUUUCCUGAUUGGGUAUGUUGAGUCGACACACACGGACGGACGGAUGGUUUCUUGCUUGCGGGUGACAGGCAUAUGUAUGCAGACGUCCGUCUGUCCCUUCCAUGCUGUGCUAGAAAUAAACACCAACAUUUGGGUUGCUCCAUGGCCCGGUGCCGAAAGCAAAACACCUCUUGUGAAUCUUUUUGACCCUGCCUACUUUUUGUUAAAUCAUGUUUUUAUUGGCAUUUUAAAGUGUAGGAAACGCUGCAACUUCUAAUUAAAAAUAAAACUUGUAAGCAUAAACAACACUAACACUAAUAAACUCGAAUUGUUUACUGGACUAGGAUAGAUUGGAGGGCUGGGGAGAAAUGCUCUGUCUGCCACCACCAGAGGGGUAGUGCAGAUAGAGCGCAUGAUAUUUCACAAUUCUUCAUGCGCAACAGUUCACGUGUUGCAUCUGCCAUUAUAGAAGCCUAACCUCUUCGGUAUGUAUAUAUGUCCUGAGCUGUUCUGUUCUAAUUGAUGACGGGCGGACGGACCAACAACGAAAAGAUCCCUAUCCCUUGCGGUGGUCUUUGUAUGGAGUCUGUGCGCAGUCAAGUUUUCCCGGGUUCGUAUGGAUGUU